AUGGCCUCUUCUUCUUCCAACUCUACUCCUUCUUCUUACCAAGACAAUGACACUAUUGUCAAGCCUCCCAAGUUUAACAAGAACAAUUUCUCUAGGUGGAAAAGUCGCAUGACACUCUACCUUGAGGGUGUUGAUAGUCAGUAUCUCUCAAUCCUCAAGGAUGGGCCCAUUGUUCCUAAAGUAUGGCUUCGUCAUGGGAAGAGCAAAGACGAUGGUAACUCUUCAAAUGAAUCUGAUGAUGAUGAAGAGAAAUAUGACUCUACUGGAAGGUUCAUCAUCACAGAUCCUUCUCAGUACAAUGAAGACGAUAAAAGAAAAGUUUCCUUGGAUACCAAGGUAAGAGCUAUCAUUGCCCUCUCUCUUCCUGAUGAUGUCUUCCAUUCCCUGGUAAACCUCUCUACUGCCAAGGACAUAUGGAACACUCUAUGUGUUCUGUAUGAAGGAACCAUCGAAGUAAAGAAAAGCAAGAAGAUUGGCCUUGUUAGGCAAUAUGAGCUCUUUGUGCACGGGAAAGGUGAAUCUCUCACUGAGUACUACAACAGGUUUAACAACCUUCUCAAUGAUCUGAAGUUUCAUGGUAGAGUCUAUGAAAACGAAGAAGUCCUAUGCAAGUUCAUGGACUGUUUACCUGACUUCUGGGAAAACAUCUGCACUUGUAUCAAGACAAGUAAAGAUCUUGAAAAUAUGCCUCUUACUGCUCUUUAUGGAACACUCCAUAAUUAUGAGCAAACCAAGCUUCUCAAAAAGGCAUUAUUGAAGGAUCCYAGAACUUCUUCUCMUGUUKCCCUUCUCUCCAACGAUACGAGGAAGCCAGUCAGUGAACCUCGUAUCACUUAUCUAUCUGACACUGAAGAAGAUGUUGUCAGAAAAGAAGAACUUGCUGAAAGUCAUGCUGAUGAUGCUGAUGAUGAGGGUGAUGAACCCUCAGUUAAUGACUUGGCUGACAACAUGGCCAUGAUGGCUACCAACUUCAAAAGGUAUGCCAAAAAGGGCUCUUUUACCUUCUCUCCCAGAUCUAAGGUCAUCGACCCAAGAACCUUAGAUCAAUCUAAGUCAGCUCCUCUUGAACUGUCCAAUGAGGAGUGCUUCAACUGUGGCAAGAAAGGUCACUUUGCUGYUGAGUGCAAAAGCAAAAGGAUCUCUAAGCGUCAUCCUUAUCAUCCCUCUAGCCGAUCCUCUCACGAUAAGUACAAGGCAAAGUACAAGAGAGAAAAGGCAAAGAACAUGAGCCUUCAGAGAAAAGAAGACUUUGUCAAGGACUCCUCCUCUGCUGCUGCUGCUGAUCUACCUUCUACCUCCAAGGAUGCCAAAGAYCUGGUCAAACCAAAGAAGGCUGGCCUAGGUUAUGAUGAUAUGGAUUUGUGUGCUCCUGAUGACUCUAUGUGCAUUUUUUCUCACAUUCUUUCAUCCUCCUCUCCAUCUCACUUAUCUGAUGCUAUUGGAUCUCUUUCUCCUAGAUCCAAUGAAAAUGGAAAAUCUCUUAAGUUCGGAAUUUUUGUCAAAGAAUCUUCUGAUGCAUGUUCUUCUAAAUCUAAAACAUCUGAGCAUCUAAAGCAUCCUUUGAAUCGUCGUUUCUCUGCUGCUGAGAAAGGCAAGUCUGUGGACAAGCCUAUCAAGAAUAAGAAGCUAAAAUCCAAACUAAAGAUGAAACAUAAGCCUUCGGCUACCUCAUCUCAGUCAGCUGUUGCUUCUCAGACUGGUACCUCAGGCUUAGGACACCGACAAAUAUGGUACUUGAACAGUGGAUGUUCAAGACACGUGACUGGAAACAAGUCCCUGUUGAUCAACUAUGUGUCUAAACCUGGUCCUUAUGUAACCUUUGGAGAUAAUGCCAGAGGUGCUACUAGAGGAUAUGGUGUUCUUUCUAACGGCUCGGUUACCUUCAAUCGAGUAGCUUAUGUGGAUGGACUGGAGAACAAUCUGUUAAGCAUCAGUCAACUAUGUGAUCUCAACUUCAUUGUAAAGUUUGAAGAAAACCAGUGUACUAUUCUUGACUCUUCUGGCAAGAAGGUAUUAACUGGUAUCCUAAAGGAUAAUGUCUAUGUGAUCAACAUGGACUCUUCUAGCUCUUCCGACGCCAACAUCUGUUUCUACUCCGAGGCUAUUGUUGAUUAA